CGUCUCUUGAGAGUGCAGCAGCGAAGCUGGUUUAACUUCUGAAGUUAUUUUAGCUAUCGUAACGAUCUUGAAAAUAGUGAACUGUUUCUCAAAAUGUCAUUUUGUUCAUUUAAAGGAGGCGAGGUCUUUAAAGACCACUUUGAAGUCGGUAUGUAUGUGUGCUCGAAAUGUGGACACCAGCUGUUCAGCAGCAGGUCUAAAUACGAGCACUCGACCCCGUGGCCGGCCUUCUCCGAGACCAUCCGCGAGGAUAGCGUGUCCAAAAAGGAGGAGAAAUGGGGAGCCUACAAGGUGUCCUGUGGGAAGUGUGGGAAUGGACUUGGCCACGAGUUCCUGAAUGAUGGGCCAAAGAGAGGAGUGUCCCGCUUCUGAAUAUUCAGCAGCUCGCUGAAGUUCGUCCCCAAAGACAAAGUGGACGGACAGUAAAGCGAGACAGUCUCUCCAGGAUGGUUGGCGUGCUGUAGGGAUGUGCUGCCCAGGGGCAGGUGGGGCGUUCAUGAUGUGAGCUGGAGAAAGCCCUAGAACAGGGCAUCCAUGGCACGGAUGGUCAAUACGCUCCCACCAGGAAACCCAGAUGUCUCCGAGCACAACAAAUAUGCAUGCACACACACUAUGGCUCAAUUCAUUCAUUCAUUCAUUCAUUCAUUCAUUCAUCCAUUCAUCCAUUCAUUCAUUCAUUCAUUCAUUCAUUCAUUAUCCUAACCCACUUAUCCUGAACAGGGUCGCAGGGGGGCUGGAGCCUAUCCCAGCAUACAUUGGGCGAAAGGCAGGAAUACACCCUGGACAGGUCGCCAGUCCAUCGCAGGGCACACACACCAUUCACUCACACACUCAUACCUACGGGCAAUUUCGACUCUCCAAUCAGCCUAACCUGCAUGUCUUUGGACUGUGGGAGGAAACUGGAGGAUUCGAACCCAGGACCUCCUUGCUGUGAGGCGGGCUCAAUUUAUUACUGAAGCCAAACAAAAUUGUGCAAAGGGCUCUUGUUUCUUAGGUAGAUCUAUGUAUUUGUAACGAUGUGAACUUGUCCUUUGAGUGUUCACCCAAAGCCUAUACUCUCUUCACAAACAAUGUAAAUGCUGUCAAAAUACAAAUCAUGUUUGACUGUAAAUGUUGUUUAAUGUUAUUAAAUUAUCAAUCAAU